GACAGCUGUACAGCCGCUUGCCGCCCGAGGACGCGGGAGAUCUGCACCUCCAGCCUCAGGGCUCAGAAGAGGCCAAGGUGUUUGUACAUGCCUUCCUGAAACGUAGCAUGCCUGGAAUGAAAGAUGAAGCUAUCCAGGAUAUGUUAACUCGGAAAGCUGUAGUUCUUGAGCAUUAUCCCAAGAAAAAGGCCAAGCAGAAGAGGAGGAAGGCAAAAGGUUUUACUGCCAAGCAGAGGCGAGAGCUGCGUCUGUUUGAAAUUGAACCCGAACAGCAAAGAUAUGCCAUCUUCCUACCCCUCCACGAGCUCUGGAAACAGUAUAUCAGAGAACUGUGCCACGGGCUCAAACCAGACACGCAACCCCAUAUGGUUCAGAGCAAGCUGCUAAAAGCUGAUCUCCAUGGAGCUAUCAUUACAG